AUGGAUGAACGAAACAUCUUUUUUGAGAAUGCAGGCAAGUUGCACAUGAAGACUCAACUCUCGGUCACUAGUCACAUGGCUAUGGUGGAUAUUAUUAUGGCGCCUCUUCCCGAAGGGCUCUGCAGCGAAAAAGGGAACCCUCCACACAUGUUCCCGCCGCAUUCAAUCAUCACUUACUUCCUACAACUGUUUUUUGCUCAUGUGCACCCACGAUUUCCUGUAUUGCACCUGCCGAGCUUUGACCCUAAUAGUGUUCCACCAAUUCUCUUGCUAGCCAUGGCAACUUCAGGAUCCAGCUACUCUGAGUCAAAUAAAAACAAAUUUGCUUUGACAUAUCUUGAAAGAGCGAGACUGUCGAUCAAACUGAUGCAAGAAAGGGACCAAAACUAUGUGAGUUUACUAGAGCCUUAUCUUUAUGAUGAAAGCUUACUUCUUGUAUUUGUCCAGCUGCGAUCAUCUGAUACCCUUUUCGCAUUUUUCCUUGUCUCGGUAUCCGCAAUGUGGAUCGGUCAAAAGGCGGCAUUUGAGCGAUUCGAGGGUGACCGCGGUGACCUCGCUGUUCAAUGCCGACGUUCCCAGCUACUAGAUUGCCGGACAAAACAUUCUACCACUCUUCAGUCCCCUCUGAGGCAUGACCGAAGUCGAUUGGAAGAAGCUUGGACAGAGUGGAUAGCUGACGAACAAAAGAAACGUCUUGGGCUCUGUAUAUACCGUCAGCCCUAUGUUAGCAAGGCCGAGACCGUAAAUGCCGCGUUACCAUGCUCGGACACUUUUUGGAACGCACCGACAGCUUUGGCAUGGAAGUCUUUGCUCGGGCCCGCUGACAUUCCCCCUAGCACUUAUUUUUUAACCACUCUUACUACCAUUCUCUUACACCACGAGAUUCCCAACACUUUACCAUUCCCACCACUGGACGACUUUUGCAAAGUUCUUUACGCCUACGUGCUGCACACGCAUGUCUUUGAGUGGCGGCAGACCAUUUGCAUGCUCAAUCCGACCGGGCUUCUCACGUCUCCUGUAUCUCUUGCACCGCAAAAUAUCGGUAAUUCAUUACUGGAGCGCCAAACGUGGCUGCAAGGCUGUCUCAGGAAUUGGGCCACAUUCUACGGAGAAGGAAAUCAAGCUGACACUAGCAAUUGCCGCUCAAAAAACUCAUCAGGAAUUCUUCUUUAUCACCUGGCACUACUAGCUCUGGAUCUCAAUUUUUCGGACCUGCAUAUUGUUGCUUCGAGAUCUGGCUCUGAUGCAGCUAUCAGCUUGGCUGAGCAGUCUUUACACAAUUGGUUGCAGGAAGAGAGAGCCCAUACGGUGUUCAACAUCAAUUGUCAAAUGCUAAAGGCAGCACACGACGCUAUUGCCGCUGGUGACAUGCAGCGGAGCGGCUUUGAGCUGGCGAUCUGUCUGUUCAUGGGUGGACUCACCAGCUGGGCCAUGUCACGAUUCGGGAAUACCGAUUUCACGCUGUCUUCAAAUCUUUCUCGGGAAGAUCAUACCAGUCGUAGUGGUCUCGAUCAACAUCGGGACACCCUCGAUCAUUUCACGACAGAUCCAUUGCAAGCGAGCAGUUUGCUUGUUGACCAAGUUGAAGGUGCUCGGAAUGGGUUGCGUACCUUGAAGUGCUUGCGCCUCGCUAUUGCAUUCGCAAAUAUUCUUGAUCGGCUCCUCACUGGGUAG